AGGCCUAUUGCCGUUUAACCAUCUGGUAACAUUGAAUUGAAGAUAGUUCUGGAAUUUCGUAGUUUUCAUUAAUAAUAAAAGCAGAUUUAGCAAAGCAAAGCAGCCAAUGUGAGUUCAUUCGAACGCAGCGAGUCAACGAGGCGGUUAGUUCGCAAGUUUUCACUCAUAAAUUUUCAUUUUUCGUCUUCACUAUAAAUCGACGAAAAAGAUGUCGGACUGGGACUCUGUGACUGUUCUUCGGAAGAAAGCACCGAAAUCGUCGACCCUCAAGACGGAAUCGGCGGUCAACCAGGCACGCCGUCAAGGAGUCGCCGUGGAUACCCAACAGAAGUAUGGUGCUGGCACCAACAAGCAGCAUGUGACCACCAAGAACACUGCCAAACUAGACCGCGAGACCGAGGAGCUGCGCCACGACAAGAUUCCCCUCGAUGUGGGCAAGCUCAUCCAGCAGGGACGACAGAGCAAGGGCCUCAGCCAAAAGGACCUGGCAACUAAAAUCUGCGAAAAGCAGCAAGUGGUAACCGACUACGAGGCCGGUCGCGGUAUUCCAAACAACUUGAUUCUGGGUAAAAUGGAACGCGUUCUCGGCAUUAAGCUGCGCGGCAAGGAGCGCGGCCAACCAAUAGCACCUCCCGGUAAAAAGUGAAAUGAUGCUGCCGCGUCCGCCGCCAGUGGUGCUCCACACACGGUCACCUCAGGACGCAGCGCCCGGCAACAGAACCAUCAACACACGGAUUCUGGAGGCUGGAGCACUGUAAGCGGCAGACGCAAAUAAAGCAUUAUCGGGAGGCUGGAGAACCAAAUCAAAUCGGGUCAUACAGCAGCAGCUGCCGACGCAGCAAACACAGAAGCAUACAAAACCGAAGAUCUAACUAAUCACCACUAUGAGCGCCAAUUUUGCAGUUUUAUUUUUGUACAAGCCAAGGGUUUUGCAACAUUCACAGCGCUUGCCACUUGUCACUACCUUUGCCGAUAAAUUAACCAUUGUAAUUACCCACAACACAUACAGUCACACACGAGAUGCACACAAGUCGGAAACGGAAGCGAGACGGACGUGAAACGCAAAAGACUAAUCUGAUAUUAACGCGCUCAUAGCUUGGAGUAGUGUUAUUCGUUCAUUUUGGCAUUAGAGUAUGUUUUGAAACUUAAUCUAAGUUAUGGAAUUAAAAACAAGACAUAAAAAGCAUGUAAAACACUCUAAUUUCUUUCUUUUUGUACACCCAAUCAGCCGUACACAAUAUUUACAUAAACGAUCCAUUAGCGUUCAGCUAAAUCUAAUCAACAGACACACAUGAUUAAAUGAUAUAUAAAAAUCCUUAGAGCUUAGUCGGACUUUUCUCCCUUGUAAUUUAUCGUGUAAGGCUCUUGAACUGUGCGUUUACUAAUGCAUUAUACAUAUUAUACAAAAACAUAUGCUAAAUGUAUUUAGAAACAUUUUCUAGUCUACAAAAUAUUUAAAUAAUUAAGCGAUGGCAUUUUCUCAAUGUUUGUUUCCCACUGCCCAAAACCCAUUCCUCCGCAGCUACGGAUUCGAAGUCGAGGAUAUAUAGCUCCCGUACAUGUGUAGAAAAGAGACUUCUCUUUGCAAGUGAUUAACUCUUAAUUAUCAAAUAAAUGUUUUCGGCCAUCUAAAUUACUUUUUAUUGGU